AUGGAGGGGAGCGUGGGCUGGCUGGUGGGUGGACGGACUGACGGACGGAAAGAGGAUGGAGGCACGAGACCUACUUGUCCCACCUCGCGCUCACCCACAGCGCACUUAGCAGACCCGUCUCAACGACCCAUCCAACCACCCAUUCAACAAUACGCAAGGGGACCUCAGCCACGUCUGCUCCAUGGGCCUCGUUGUUGGUCCGUUCUAACAAGCUACUGGAAUAUUACACUCCGUCUUCGCUACCAGCUGACACGCGGAAUCUUCCUCCCUCCCUAUGUGGGUAUGCAUGGCACUGCAGCGUUGGAUCGGUGCAAGGUCGGCAUGAAAAAGAUGCUACAUCUUACUCUCCCCCUUGUUCACUCCGAUCGCUUUUGCAUAGGAAAAUUGGAUCCCCGUUCCAGCACAGAGAUCAAGGCAGAUGUGUUUAGGGCACAAAAUAACACCUUUUAUGACGACUGA